CAUCUAACACUUCUGUGAUUCUGUGUUAAACAAACUCACACAUGACCCGAGCAAAGGGGAAAUAACGGUAAAGACAAAGGUGAUGUGAUCACAUGCAAAUGUGCCUGAAACGAUUAUUCAGACUGUAAUUCUUAUUUAUUCUCCUAUCUCUGAUCAUCUUCUCUGUUGACUCACCCUCUGUCUCCUCUUCAGCCUUUCUCAAGGUUACUUUAGUUCAUUGGGCGUGUCCUACUGCACCACGUGAUCGUGAUGCAAAGUUACUCCGUGUCGCGGCUGUGCUCAGCUGCAGGGGGUGGCGUGAUGUACCAAAUAUUGUGUAAUAAAUCGAUGCUUAAAAUAAAUAUAUUUAUACUAUAUAUAUAUGUUAUAAUACCCAGGUAGCUUUGCGCCACUGCAGUCUGGCACAUUCACACGUUUCAUGCACGAAUGUACUGACAGUAUCAUCGCAUUUGGAUCCGGAAAACAAAAAAUGCAUUUCACAAUAAAUACUUAAUCAAUUGAUGAACUAGGUCGGUAAUUGACAGCAAAUAACCUUAAUUGGCUCUUCCGUCCGACGAGAACCUGAAACACAGCCCGGGUGUCUGCCAUUGCGCAGCAGCCAAGUAGGUGAAGGUGGAAAAAUCCACCAGGAAGGAUGCUUCAAUAGUCUGUCGGGGUCUGUUUUUUCAGCCAACACGUGUCGUUUUUUCAGGCGAAAUCUUCACAGUGAAACCUGCUGGUCAUCUUCAUCCCCUGCACAGCUCCCCCACCGUGGUCUGUCUCAAAUAUAUUGUCGUCCCCCCCCUCCCCUCCCGCACCCCCCUCCUUAAUCUCCCAGAUUGUCGGCGACUUGCUGCAGUCGAUGCUGCAGUUUUGAGCCGCUCCUGCACCGGGACAGCUGACUCAAUGAGAAAGACAUGCUCGCAUUCGUUUUGGUCUCUGGGUCGCUCUGGAUUAUAUUAGAGCUGAGUUCUACCCUAAUGGAGAAGAUGCAGGCCCAGGAGAUGAUGAGCGGCCUGAGGAUACCAGAGAUGGACGACAUCGGCCAGUUCUUCCGCUCCCUGCCGACCUCCACCCUCGUGGGCAUCGGCGCCCUGACCGCCGUGCUCGCGUACUGGUUCGCCACCAGACCCCGUCCCAUCAAGCCUCCCUGCAGCCUGCUGCAUCAGUCCGAAGAGGUUCCGCAUGAAGGUGGGGGACGCAGAUCCAUGAUGGGUGACCCCUCUAAACUACUGACUCACUAUCAUGACGACGCCAGGACCAUGUACGAGGUCUUCCAGAGAGGGCUGCAUAUAUCUGGAGAUGGGCCUUGCUUAGGCUCGCGGCUCCCUAACCAGCCUUACAAAUGGAUGUCCUACAAAGAGGUGACGGCCCGAGCAGAGCAUCUGGGUUCAGGUCUGCUGCACCAGGGCUGCCAACCCAACCCCGACCAGUUCAUAGGAGUGUUCGCUCAGAAUAGACCUGAGUGGAUCAUCUCAGAGCUAGCAUGCUACACCUACUCCAUGGUGGUGGUGCCCCUGUAUGACACGCUAGGGGCGGAUGCUAUACGAUUCAUCAUUAACACAGCCGACAUUUCCACGGUCAUCUGCGACAAGGUGGAGAAAGCUCGGGUGCUCCUGGAGAACGUGGAGCGGAAGGAGACCCCCGGCUUGGGGAGAAUCAUCCUGAUGGACGCCUUCGACUCCGCGGUGGUGGAGCACGGCAAGAGCUGCGGCGUCCAUGUGCAGGGCAUUCAAGAAGUGGAGGCUCUGGGCAGAGAGCACUACAGAAAACCUAUACCACCUGCCCCAGAUGACCUGUCCAUUGUGUGUUUCACCAGCGGAACCACAGGAAAUCCAAAAGGAGUCAUGCUCACCCACGGGAACGUGGUAGCAGAUUUCUCAGGCUUCCUCAAAGUAACAGAUAAAGUCAUUUUCCCCAACCAGGAUGAUUGCCUCAUUUCCUUCUUGCCACUGGCUCACAUGUUUGAGAGGCUAAUUGAGUCUGUGGUGUAUUGUCAUGGAGGACGGAUCGGGUUUUAUCAGGGAGACAUCCGCCUCCUGCCCGAUGACAUGAAGGCCCUGCGGCCGACCAUUUUCCCCGUGGUGCCUCGUCUGCUCAACCGCAUGUACGACAAGAUCUUCAGCCAAGCAAACAGUCCGUUGAAGCGCUGGUUGCUUAACUUUGCCGCCAAGAGAAAAGGAGCUGAAGUUAGCAGAGGGAUCAUUCGCAGCGACAGCAUCUGGGACAAAAUCUUCUUCAGUAGGAUUCAGGAGAGCCUGGGAGGGAGGCUGAGGAUGAUAAUAACGGGGGCGGCUCCUACCUCACCCAGCGUCCUGGGAUUCCUCAGAGCUGCUCUGGGAUGCCAGGUGUACGAGGCGUACGGCCAGACAGAGUGCACGGCUGGCUGCACCUACACCACGCCUGGAGACUGGACCCCAGGUCAUGUCGGGGCUCCGCUGCCAUGUAACCUCAUCAAACUGGUGGAUGUUCCCGACAAGAACUACUUUGCCUCUAAAGGAGAGGGAGAGGUUUGUGUGAAAGGACCAAACGUGUUCAAGGGCUACCUCAAAGACCCGGAGAGAACGGCCGAGACGCUGGAUCCCGACGGCUGGCUCCACACCGGAGACAUCGGCAAAUGGCUGCCUAACGGCACGCUGAAGAUCAUCGACAGGAAAAAGCACAUCUUCAAGUUGGCGCAGGGCGAGUACAUCUCCCCUGAGAAGAUCGAGAACAUCUACAUUAGGAGUGAACCCGUGGCACAGCUGUAUGUUCAUGGAGACAGUCUGCAGUCCUGUUUGGUAGGAAUUGUGGUUCCCGAUGCUGAAGUGAUGCCCGAAUGGGCCAAGAAAAAAGGCAUUCUGGGCACCUACAAGGACCUAUGUAAAAACACAGAAUUGAAGAAGGCAAUCCUUGAAGAUUUGGUGCGUCUGGGCAAAGCCAGUGGCCUCCACUCUUUUGAGCAGGUGAAGAACAUCUACAUCCACAAUGACUUGUUCUCCAUCGAAAACGGCCUCCUGACCCCGACGCUAAAGGCCAAGAGGCCGGAGCUCAAGGAAUUCUUCAAGGCAAAGAUCGACCAGCUCUACAGCAGCAUCUCCAUGUGAAUGCCGGCAAACCUCAUUUACCUUCAAGCAUCCACAAAACACAAAAAUCUGCUUUGACCAGUGACCUACAGUGGGAUAAACGUGUGUGUGUCACCUGAGGCUUAACAUGCUUUGGGAAAUCAACCAAACCAAACCUGGCCCAGCAUGUGGAAGAUUUAAAACACCAAAUUAAAAAACUAAUUAAAGAAAGACGUUAAAUUUUCAAACACAAUGCACAUUGUCAUGUUUCCUUUUUAUGUAUGCAUUUACUGUGUCAUGGUUUGAGAUGAAUGCAUAUGUUAAAAGGAUACUUUGUCUGUAAUAAGUUCUUUGCUUUGUGACAUGAACGCCCACGCCAUAUUAAAACAAAUGAGAACAUGUCA